CAGUUCAGUGUGAAUUGAGAAGGUCGAUGGUUGGACAUUAUAAAUCGACUCCGUCUAUCGUUACAAUAAAAUGUUGUUGAGCGUUUUAAUCGCAGUAUUCGGAUUGCAAUUUGCAAAGGCCCAGAUUUUCGUCGAGGAUUUUCACUUGUCGAAAUCACAGGAUGUGUCUCACCUUCGCGUAGAAUAUCACACAAGCAAUAAUGUUCUUGAGAACGAUUCAAUGACAUACUCGUUGUGGAAAGGUCAGCACGCCAUUCAUGUAUCUCAAUUGAUACAGAAAUUUGGUCAGAACGUCAAAGCCACACGUACGGAAAAUGGAUUCACAUUCGACGGAUCCGACUCAUCACUACAGAUAAAAAUUGAAGACGACACCAGUACCUUUGCACUGAUAUCUGUUGAAAGGAAUACAAAGAUAGCUGAACGAUUGGACGAUUGUUUUGAACUCAAAUCACAAGAAAUCAGUUGGUAUGGGGGUCCACAGCAGCGAUAUCAAUACUGGCCCGUUGAAAGAUUAACGUUCGACGAUUAUUCUUACGUAACGAAACAAGUAGAUAAUUGUGCCAUCGCCGAGAGAUACUGGUUGAAUUCGCAAGGCGUUUUUAUCUAUGUGGAUGCGGAGGCGCCAUUGUUUCUGAAUCAAAUAGCAAACAAGUCACUAUGCUUGACUGCUGAAAAGAAGCUUCCGUAUUAUGCCCAUGACAAUGAACCCAUUUCGUUCAAUUACAAAAUUGGUAUCUCAUCGAAUGCCAGAGCGGCGCAUAUGGUAGCGAUUGAUAAAUUUUUGAAGAAGCCAACUGGCAUUCCCGAUGAAAGAAUGGUCAGACAUCCCAUAUGGUCCACAUGGGCUAGGUAUUACAAACCGAUCAAUGAAUCGAUUUUGCACAGCUUGGCCGACGAAAUAUUACUGCAUGGGUUCAAUAACAGCCAAUUGGAAAUCGACGAUUUGUGGGAGAUAUGUUACGGUUCUACUGAGUUUGAUACCGUCAAGUUUCCGAAUAUGAAAUCAUUGACCGAUGCACUGAAGGCGAAGGGUUUCCGUGUUACGUUGUGGGUUCACCCAUUCAUAAAUAAGGUGUGUGAACCUUAUUACACAGAAGCGUUGAACAACGGUCAUUUCGUAUUGAAUCAAAAUAAUGACCCAUCCGCUCAGUGGUGGAACAGUGAUGUGGGGGAAGCAUCCUACAUUGACUUCACAAAGCCAGCAACUGCCAAGUGGUACUCCGAUAAGUUAACUGCUUUGGCACUAGCAGCUGGAAUUGAUAGCUUUAAAUUUGAUGCUGGCGAGAGCAGUUUCAGUCCGUCAGAUCCUGCUUUGAAUGCUACGAAAGCACGUCACCCUCUCGCUAUAACGACAGACUACUUAAAUACAGUGGCAAAGUUCGGACCGAUGAUCGAAGUUCGUUCCGGUUUUCGUAACCAAGAAAUGCCAGUAUUCUUGAGAAUCAACGACAAAGACUCAGAUUGGAGCUGGGACAAUGGCCUGCCAACAUUGGUAACAACUUUACUUAUGCUGAAUAUGGUUGGCUAUCCAUUACUACUACCUGAUAUGAUCGGCGGUAAUGGAUACGGUAAUAAUCCUCCGAAUAAGGAGUUGUUUCUCCGUUGGCUCCAAGCAAAUGUCUUCAUGCCAAGUUUGCAAUUUUCGUUCGUUCCAUGGGACUACGAUGAUGAGACGAUCAGUAUCAGUCAUAAGUUUACCGACCUUCAUGCUGAGUAUACAGACGUGAUCAUGGAACGAUUUCGAUUAGCGACCACGAAUGGAGAUCCGGUGAAUCCACCGAUUUGGUGGAUUGCACCUGACGACCGGAUUGCCCAACUAAUAAAUGAUGAAUUCCUUUUGGGUGACAAUAUUCUGGUUGCUCCUGUUUUACAGGAGGGAAAAGUGUCAAGAGACAUUUAUCUUCCUCGUGGUGAGUGGGUAGAUCAAAAUGGAGACUCGCAUACCGGACCGAUUUGGCUAAAAGAUUAUCCAGCUGACUUAUCAGUGCUGCCUUAUUUCAUCAAAAGUGGAUCGAGUUUUGUAAGAUUGAAUUUUGGUCUGAUGGUUGUGGCUUUGCUGGCAAUAUGUUCGUUGGCGAAGGUGUAACAUUUAGGAUUCAGUGGCUUUUCAUAAAUUAGAAGUACGAGUUACAAGAAAAAACGGAAAAUAAAAUUUGUGCAAGGAAGAGAAGUG